UUAACAAUACAAAGCAAGAGCUAGUGUGUGCUCCAAUAUUGCCCAAUUCAGUUAGAUCUCAUUAUUGUGUACUGCAAAUCCUUAAAAAGAAUCAUUUGUACAUAAUAUCGAGUCGGUUCUCUGAGAAUGUCGCAUCAAACUGGAAUCAGAGGAAACAACGAGCUUAUUUCAUUUUUCGGCAAGUGCAGGGAUGGACAAAUUCGAGUCUUCAGAGUUUCAAUCAUAAAUGAGGAAUUAAGCCUAAAUGAAUUUGCAAAAAAGCAGUCAAACUGGGAAGAAGAUUUUGACAACUUAAUUCCUUUCCUACUGGAAGAAAAUCAACCGGCCUACCUCCUCUUCAGGUUUGAUUCUCAAAACUCCUUGGGCUAUGAGUGGCUCUUUAUUACUUGGAUACCUGAGCAUGCCCCAGUAAGAGAAAAAAUGAUCUAUGCAUCAACUAAGGCCACUCUAAAAACCCAGUUUGGUACUGGGCAAAUUAAAGAAGACAUCCUUGGAACAGUUCCAGAGGAUUUGACUCUUAAGGGCUAUCUUAAGCAAAAAAGAAAUGCAGCAGCCCCAGCCCCUUUGACUAUGGCAGAAGAAGAACUGGCGUUGGUUAAAAAAACCGAAACAAAUGCACAUAUAGGUUACGAUUCAAAACAUCAAACACUCAGCGGCGUUGCUUUCCCUAUCGCUGAAGCUGGGCUAAAGGCCAUGAUUGAUUUCAAGCACAAAAGCUAUUCUUACGUCCAGCUAAGCAUUGAUAUGGCCAAGGAAAUCGUCAAUCUUGAAAACGCAGAAGAGGUUAACGUCCACGUCUUGGGUAGUCGGGUACCAGAUGAUCAUGGAAGAUAUCAUCUCUUUCGUUUCCCGCAUUCACACGAAGGCGAUUUCCUUGAGAGCAUAGUCUUUAUCUAUUCUAUGCCUGGCUACGCAUGCUCGAUUCGCGAGCGCAUGCUUUACUCGAGUUGUAAAGGACCUAUCACUGACUUGAUUGAAAACAAACUGCUAAUUCAAAUUGACAAAAAGAUCGAAGUUGAGAAAGGAGAGGAAUUGACAGAAGAGUUUGUGAUGGAUGAGUUGCACCCAAAAAAGAACCUUCACCAACCUAAAUUUGAAAAACCUAAAGGUCCUCCUGGGAGAGGCGCACGUCGCUUAACCAAUCAAAAACCACAAGAGCAUGUCUGAUUUGUCACAACUAAAAACGCAAAUACCCAGUUUUUUAAACAUGCAGUUGAAAAUGAAAUGUCAGAAGCAAAGAGCAUUGUUUUAUGGUAAGUGCCUAGCUUAUAGACUGUUUUCCUAUCCAGUGGUAUUUAAUGGCAAGCGCAAUUAUAAGCUGUUUGUGUGAUUUUGUGUGGAACAAAUAAUGAAACAAAUUCGA